UGAGAACAAGGAAAAAGUAAAAGCGAUAUGUUGUUAAAAUUUCUCGCUUUUUUGUCUAUUAUCGGUGUAAAGUCAAUUACUGAGAUUAAAGUUGGUGUCAUAAUUAUCUCAGAUUACGGCGGUCCAUACGACUGGAAAAAAUCUGGAUCGGCUAUAAGAUUAGCUUUUGAAAAGGUUAAUAGUGAUAUCCUAAAUGGAACUGACUAUAGAGUACUCCCAAUUGAGAAACAAUAUGGUCCUGGAUGUGAUUUGAAACAGACUCCAGCUAUUGCUGCGGAACUCUACUACAAAGAAAACGUAUCCGCUAUUAUUGGACCUGGGUGUUCUGGGGCUAUGGAUGCUGUUGGUUUUAUGGGAGCUGUUUGGAACCUUCCAAUAAUAUCUGGAGAAAGUGCUGCCAAAAGGUUUAGUCAUAAAGAGAAUUAUCCAACUUUGGUGCGUAUGGCCUAUUGUCAAUGCGCAUUAAGAAGAGUAUUUGGUUCGGUUUUGAAUUAUUUCAAUUGGACUGAGCUGUCUCUAUUUGUUGACGAAAGUAAUGAAUUUAGCUCAGAGAUGGCAAACUCUCUCGACCAUGGCCUUCGAGAAAUGGAGAUUUAUCCUAAUAAAGUUCUCUUCGAUAGUAGAAAUUUUAAAGAAGAUCUUAACAGGUAUAAAAAGAUUUUAAUGGAAGCCAGAAAAAGAUCUCGAAUUUUUAUUUUUAUGGCGCACGCGGAUAUCGUUAGAUAUUUCUUAAUUUCUUGUUAUGAUCUGGGUUUCGUGGAAACGGGGGAAUACGUUUUUAUGUACGCCGAAUUAUUUGAAGAUGAAUAUUGGGGACUUUUCAAUUGGAAUAGAAGUCUACCAGAUGAUUAUAAAGUUAGAAAAGCUCAAGAAGCCGUUUUUAAGUUUGGUUUAAAGCUUGAGAAAAGUAAAAAAUUUGAGACAUUUGCUGAGACAGUAAAGAGAAGAGCUAUACAGGAAUUCAAUUACGAUUUCAAUAACAAACACGUAAACUUUUUCAUUGGUACUUUCUACGAGUCAAUUAUAUUAUACGGCAACGCCCUGAACGAAAGUAUUAAAUAUGAUAUUGACCCUAGAAAUGCUUCAGCCUUCAUAGAGCUAUUUCGGGAAACUAGCUUUGAAGGUAUUACAGGGCCUGUUCAUAUGAAUGAGGUAGCAGAUAGGGAAGCUACUUAUGAGAUUUCGCACAUGAACCCUGACACUGGUGAAUUCUAUGUAAUUGGACAAUAUAGUGGAUUUUCUUUACGCUUUGAAAGGAUUCCUAAUACGAAGAUUUAUUGGCCCGGUAGAAGAAAUUCACCUCCAUUAAAUGAGCCUAUUUGCGGCUAUCAGGGUGAAGCACCAGUUUGUCAAGAAUCAGAGCCGAUGAAUAUGACAAUAAUUGCCCUUAUUACUCUAUUUUGUCUCUUACUUAUCAGCGUUAUCUGCGGUUUGGCAGUUUAUCGGAAGAUGAAAUUAGAAUCGGAAAUAUCCGAUAAUUCUUGGAUCGUUCACACUGAUGAUAUUCAUAUUAUACAGAAUUUUGGAAGAAGUUUCUCACUUAAAUCACGAUUGAGUACAUCCAUUCACGAGAAUAAUGAUAACGUAACUUUAUCAAGAAACAGCAAUACAUAUGCUCAAGCUUUUAUUGAAACGGCAAAGUUCAAAGGAAAUCUUGUUGCAAUCAAAUCGUUUCCUUUAGAGAAAAAAAUUAACAUUACUAGAUCUCUAAGGAUAGAGGUUAAACAAAGACGUUUAGCUUCUCAUAAUAAUAUAUUAAAAUUUAUUGGGACUGUAUUAGAACCUCCUACUAAGGCUGUACUUAUACACGAAUACUGUAAAAAAGGUAGCCUACAAGAUCUCCUGGAACAAGAUAACUUUGAAUUAGAUUGGUCUUUCAAAUAUUCAUUAAUGAAUGAUAUAGUUAAGGGUUUACAAUUUAUUCAUAAUUCUCCAAUUGGUAUUCAUGGCAAUUUGAAAUCGCCUAAUUGCCUAAUAGAUGAUAGAUUUGUUGUUAAACUCUGUCAUUUUGGACUACCGAGUUUUAUGAAUCUUUGCGAGAAGAAGGAAAAGACGCAUGCGUAUUACGAAGCUUUACUUUGGUCGGCACCCGAAAUUUUAAGGGAUUCCAACUGUAGAUAUCCUCUGGUUAUCAGCCAAAAAGGAGAUAUUUAUAGUUUCGGAAUAAUUAUACAAGAAAUCCUUCUACGAGGCCAUCCAUUCCUUUUGGAAAGAGAGAGCAAUGAUCUAACCCCAGAAACUCUUGUCCAAAGAAUACGUAAAGGUGUAGAACCUUUAACAAGACCAGAAGUACCAUUAGAUUAUACUAACAAGAUACUGGCUAAUAUCACUGAAAGUUGCUGGAGGGAAAUUGCAGCUGAAAGGCCAACGAUAUCCGAAAUUAAACAGCAACUUCGCAAAUUGACAGGUGGAAAAGAAGUUAAUAUUAUGGAUGAUUUAUUAAAGAGAAUGGAACAAUAUGCUAAUAAUUUGGAAAAUAUUGUAGAAGAGAGGACAAUGCAGUUGGCAGAAGAAAAGCAGAGAACUGACGAACUUUUGUUACAAAUUCUACCAAAAUCAAUAGCCGAUCAGUUAAAAGCAGGAAAGACUGUAACUCCGGAAACGUUUACGAGCGUUACAAUCUAUUUCAGUGAUAUUGUUGGUUUUACGGCACUUUCGGCUCAAAGUACUCCUAUUCAGAUUGUUAAGCUUUUGAACGAUUUAUACACAAUGUUCGACGAGAUUAUUUGCGAAUUCGACGUCUAUAAGGUGGAAACAAUCGGUGACGCCUAUAUGGUUGCCUCCGGCCUACCAAUAAGAAAUGGUCAGAACCACGCAAAAGAAAUUGCUAAAAUGUCUUUGAAGCUUUUGUCGAAGGUGAGAUCGUUUCGAAUGGAACAUAGGCCAGAUGAACAACUGAAAUUGAGAAUUGGUCUGCAUACUGGUCCUUGCGUUACGGGAGUUGUAGGUUUGAAGAUGCCAAGGUAUUGCCUAUUCGGAGAUACUGUAAAUACAGCAUCGAGAAUGGAAUCGACAGGAGAACCCUUGAAAAUUCAUUUGAGUUCUGCAACUGCCGACAUUUUGAAGACUUUUAGCGAAUUUCAACUUGACUGUCGAGGAGAAAUCGAAGUUAAGGGCAAGAACGUUAUGAAAACGUUCUGGCUUCUCGAGCAACCACUCUAAAAGAACAUAUUUGCAAACAAAGGAUAUAUCAAAGAAGAAAAGAAAAUAUAUAAAUAGAUAUCUUAAAUAUUUCCUGUUAAUUUCAUGACAAGUUUAAUGAAAGAAGAGUGAAUUUUUCCCAAAAAAAAGCCAAAGAUGGAUAAUUUAUCGUACGUCUCUAGAUAUUUUUAAAAGCUAAUAAACAUAAGUAAUUCAUUACAAUAGUGUGAACUAUAUAUAUAAUUAUAUCCUAUAUAUUUUUACUUUCAAUUUGGGUAUCCGGACAUCUUUAAUGAAUUGAUGUUCUACAGCAGUUUAUUACACAGUUUUUGUUGUCUGUGCUGCAAAUAUCACAGAAAGUGCUAAUUUACCGUCAUGUUUUCACUUUUAGACUAUUUAAACUCUAUUAAAUGUAUUAAAUAAUACAUUUACACGAAUAUAAACUACAUGCAAAUGUAUAUCAUACAUACAGUAUUAUAUGACUGUCUCUAAUUUCUGUUUUGUCUUGCUUUGUUCUUACUUGGAAAAUAAUGAAUAUUGAUUUUAAUAACAGAAUUCCU